CUUACACUAAACCCCAUUUCUUUGUUUGUUAAAAAUACUGCAAUCGAUAAAUUUUCAGGCAAAGAAUCGUCCUCACAAAUACAAGUGGAUUCCGGCUGGUUGAACCGUAACACUAUCGAUGAUGCCAUAAAAGGAGCUGUGGUAACGGCAACAACAUCUUGUCCUUCAAUCGGUCGCAGCACAUUCAAACACUCCAAUGUAGAAAAACGUUAUGGACUAAGUAAUAUCAAUGUGACCACUUUAAAGCUAUUGACCAGUGUAAACCAGACGAAGAAAGAAGAAAAGCCAGAUGAAAGAGCACAAGACGAGAAAUCGGAAAGCGAAGAAGAAACCUUUGAAGUAAAUAUGGAAAUGGAUUCAGACUCCGUUGUUUCGGAUAGUGCAGGUGAGGCGGAAGAACAAACAUACGUGCACGCGGCUAAAAGGCGUAAAGUACUUAAGACAAUUGAAAAAACAAACCAAAUACGUAAUCUAACAACGGAAAAUAAAGAGCUCAACAGUUUAAAAAAGGUAGCGGUUGAAGAUACCGUAAGUCUCUCAGAAAAUCUUCAAGACGUAGACCCUUACGAUUUUUCAGCGGAUGACAUUGAAGAUGCAGAUUACUCACCACCUAAAAAUACUAAAGCGAAUCGCAAACAAACAAAAGCUAUUAAACAGCGAGUGAAAUCUCAGCAGUCAGAGCGAGGGAAAUCUUCUAAGCAAGCAAAGCCAAAAUUGAAACAAAAUGCCAAGAGAUCAGCAAAUUCUCAAAGAAUUACUCCAGCUAGAGCUAAAUCAAAAGCUGUGGACUCGAAAGUUACUUCGGAUGUUACGGUAACAAAUAUGGAAGCGUCUUCAGAAGAGCCUGUUGAAAAACCGCCAGAAGCAGCAUUGUUGCGUUAUAACAUGCUGCUCGAACGUGGUGAUCUCAUUUGUACUCCCCGUGUAGCAAAUAGUGAGUUGGAGAAAGCGGACGAUGUAGCGCAGCAAUAUAUAAACUGUACAAAUAUCUCAUUUGCAUCUGCGAAAACGUCAGCCUCGAAGGCUAAAACCUCCCCAACACCUAUUAUCGAUGAGAAACGAGCAGCGGAGAGAAAGAAACUUGAAUCAAAAAUUGCGGCGGGAAAACUCAAUGAAAACUAUGUCUCUAUAAACCUGCAAAAAAAGAUAUUUGCACGUGGAAAACGUCAUAUGAACUAUUCUAAGUACAAGAAAAAACAGUGGCGUCACAAAAAGAAAAUUGCUGCUCUUGCCGGCCCAGACAUGGACAUGGGCGGCUGCGACGGAGGUGUUCUAACGUGCUUCAAUUGCGGGAAAGUGGGUCAUUUCGCCUCUCAAUGUAAGGUCAAGGGAGACUCCUUGCUGCCGCUGUCAGCACAGCUCAAAGAGGAUCCCUCACCAUUUCCAACACUUGAAGAAGCCGAGCGUAUGGCAGCUCAUAAUAAGGUUGUGGUGCACAGCAGAAAUAUAUCGAAAUUGCCAGCUGCACCAAAUACUGCGUUAUAUCAGAACAGUGAAGAUGGUUGCCUAAGAGAAAAGCAAGAAAACACAGAUGAGCAGGAUGAAGAAGUAGAUGAGGAGACCACGGGCGGUAACCGAAGUAAUGGUAACUCUGUUGAUGACUAUGAAAGCGAGAAUAGUAUGGGUUUUGAAAGCGAUGAAGAGCUUGAAAAUAUAAACCUAGAACAAUUAUCCACUCCGACUACUCAAGUUUCACCCAUUAAAAAAUAUGUAGGUCACCAAAUUCCAGAAAGUUUUCUUAAAGAAGCCGGUUUACAUUCGACAAGUACGAAUGAAAAAAUAUCAGGUACACAGUUUGGCGAUAUCAGUCCUCUUUAUGAACUCGAUUCCGAAGGAAAUGUACGUACCGACGUUCCCUCCGAAGUAACAGAUGCAUUGCGUAUGUUCGGUCAUACCAAUUUUCGAAAAGGCCAAGACCGUGCAAUUAUGCGUAUACUAUCUGGUCUUUCAACGUUAGUUACUCUAAGCACCGGCAGCGGAAAGUCGUUAUGUUAUCAGUUGCCCGCUUAUUUGUAUAGCCAUCGCAGACGGGCAAUAACAUUAGUUAUAUCACCGCUCGUGUCCCUUAUGGAAGAUCAGGUGACCGGUGUGCCACAUUUUUUGCGAGCACAUUGCCUACACACAAAUCAAACACCCCAACAGAAACUUAAGGUAAUGGAGAAAAUAUCUGCUGGUGAAGUGGAUAUUUUGUUAGUGUCACCGGAAGCAGUAGUGGCUGGCGAACGUUCCACUGGUUUUGGCGCAAUUCUGCGGCAACUACCACCAAUUGCCUUUGCCUGCAUCGACGAGGCGCACUGUGUAUCGCAAUGGAGUCACAAUUUUCGCCCUAGCUAUCUGAUGAUUUGCAAGGUUCUAAGACAGAACUUGGGUAUUCGCACAGUAUUGGGCCUAACUGCAACAGCAACGUUACCAACACGGCUAAGCAUUAUUAGUCAUUUAGGCAUAACGGAUGGCGUACGUGGUGUCAUAAGUGACACUCCACUGCCAGAUAAUCUUCUGUUGUCCGUAUCAAAGGACGAAAAUAAAGAUGCUGCGUUAUUGGCCCUACUUACAAGUGAUCGGUAA